UCAGAAGAUGUCCGGUGGAAAUCAGCAUAUAAGAUAGAAGUAUUAUUAGUGGUAAGAGACACUAAAGUUUGAUUCACACAAAUGUGUGAGAUUUUAACACACAUUUUGGAGACUUUUCUCCUUACAUUCAGCUAAAGUUUUUUAAAAAUAUUUUUUAUAGAAUAUAAAUAUAAACAAUUUAACUAAUAUGUUUUAUUUACAAAACAUAUUGUACUACUGAAUGAUUCCAAAGUCUCAUAUUGCAUUUUGAACGUAUUUCUUUUGUCAACCUUGUCUUUCAACGUAAGUUGAAAGACAAGUCAAGGUAAAUUGCCAGAAUUAAACUCAGUCUGCAGGUCAAAUCAUUGGCUAUGAUGAAUUGAAGAAAUGCUGAGAAGCUAUUUGAAAUAAAAGUAUCAAGAUAUUACAAGAAAAUGUAAAAUGACAAAUGCAUGCAAGUAAGAGCUACACAAAACUUGCAAAUAUUGUUUGUUGGUGUUUUAUGGUCAUUCCAUAAAUAGUUGCACGUUUUUAACUGUAGUUUAUUUGUUUAUUAACACGUUUAUGUUAUUUCUGUAUAUAUUAUGCAAUUUAUGUGUUACAGUUUGUCAGUUUUGAUCACUGUAUUGCUUAGAAAAGGGAAAAAAGUUCGUUAUUAAACUAUAGCUUUGCUCUGUCCACCAGUAGAUGGCGCACCAUUUACUUUAACGGUGGAUGAUUAAUGAUUAAUACGUGGUUAAAUAUUUUCUUCCUUACCAAAAUAGUAAACUUUCGUGUCUUUUGUUGAAAACAAACAAACAAAUAAUAAAAAGCAGAAGAUUCGUUUUAUUAUUGUUUAAUGCAUAACGUAUAAUUCAGCCUCCAGCCCUGACUGAGCUCAGGAAAACAGCCCCUGUCUGCUUCUCUCCACAUCACUGUGAAGAAUCAACGGGGAGGGAGAGCAGCUGGACUCCGACAUGGCUAAAGAAGGAGUAGAUAUGACAGAAGAAACCGAGUAUAUGAUAGACAGAAAUGCAGGUAAAGAGGCGGUGAACGUGGAAUCUCCUUCCAACGCCAAAGAAAUGCGAGCGGUGGUCCUGGCAGGUUUCGGAGGUCUGAACAAACUCCGGGUUACCAAGAAGGCAAUGCCCGAGCCCCAGGAUGGUGAAGUGAAGAUCCGCGUCAAAGCAUGUGGCUUGAAUUUCCUGGAUUUGAUGGUACGUCAGGGGAAUAUUGAUAAUCCUCCAAAAACUCCCCUUGUUCCUGGAUUUGAGUGCUGUGGAAUAGUGGAGUCUGUGGCUGAAAACACACAGGGAUUUGAGAUAGGUGACAGAGUUAUGGCGUUUCUGAACUACAAUGCCUGGGCAGAGGUGGUUUGCACACCAGUGGAUUUUGUUUACAAGAUGCCAGAUGAUAUGACAUUUACAGAGGCAGCAGCAUUCUCCCUGAACUUUGUGGCCGCGUAUAUGAUGCUCUUUGAAGUUGCCAGUCUGCGGGAAGAAAUGUCGGUGUUAGUCCACUCAGCUGGGGGUGCAGUGGGACAAGCAGUGGCUCAGUUAUGCUCCACUGUACCUAAUGUGACUGUGUUUGGUAUCGCCUCCUGUUUCAAGCACACAUCCAUCAAAGACUCUGUGACACACAUUUUUGACAGAAACACCGACUACAUACAAGAAGUGAAAAAGAUCUGUCCAGAUGGAGUUGACAUUGUGCUGGACUGCCUGUGUGGAGAAAACACAGGGAAAAGCCUGAGUCUCCUAAAGCCACUGGGAACCUACAUCCUAUAUGGUGCAUCAAAUAUGGUAACUGGGGAAACAAAGAGCUUCUUCAGCUUUGCAAAAUCUUGGUGGCAGGUGGAAAAGGUGAAUCCAAUUAAACUUUAUGAGGAGAACAAAGUCAUAGCGGGUUUCUCCCUCCUCAACCUUCUCUUCAAACAAGGAGGAUGUAAUCUCGUAAAAUCAGCAAUGGACAAACUCUUGAGUCUAUAUGAACAGAAGAAGAUCAGGCCUGUAGUGGACUCGCUGUGGGCGCUGGAGGAGGUGAAAGAGGCUAUGCAGAGAAUUCAUGACAGAGGCAACAUUGGAAAACUUAUUCUGGAUGUUGAGAAGUCUCCGACCCCUUUGAUGGCCAAUGACAGCACAGAGACCAGUGAAGCAGGAGAGGAAGAGGAGGAGCCCGAAGGAGAUAAUGACAGCAAGGAGCGAAUGCCUUUCAUUCAUUAGAGUUGACGAAAGCCGGUACUGCUCACCUAGAGACUGCAUAGAUUCACCACAGAGGAACCUAACUAGUGUGUAUAUAUGUCUGCAUGUUCUGUGUGCAUGUAUGCAUAAAUGUGUGGAAGUCUUGGUGCUUUUCUCUCUGUUACCUAUUACUUGUUAGUAGAUUGGGAAAAGAAGAAAUAUGGCCUGUUUGUCUUUGGAGCAAUUCUACUACAGUAGCUUACUCUAUAUUGAUGUAAUCUCAGUAUUUUUGUGCGUUUUAUAAAUUAUCUGCCAACAGUACACUAAAUGGCAAGUUUGGGAAAGCAUGCAAACUUGCUGAAGCAGUCACAUUGAUGCUAAGCACAUCAAUUUUGGUAACAAUAAUACUGACCAAUGAUGCCCAGGGAUGUAAACAUACAUCCCUGUUUAAAGUCCAAGUUUUUGCAACAAAUUAUGAGCCCAUGAUAAAUCAUUCCGAUACUUCUUCCAUAUUUAUUGAUUACAUUUAUUGGUACAUUUGCAGUGACAUUUUAGUGGACUUCUUUAUAAAUGUUUAACUAAAAGGAUGCAAAUGUCAGGGAAAGCCUACCUGGACAAAUGAACUUUUCUUAGUCUAAUCAGCUGAUUGGAGGCGUUAACUCAAGAUGUUAUCUUGAUCUUAUAGACACUUAUGCAACAAGGUUUGCAAAUUUUUUUUUUUUAUUUUGGUGUUGUUUUUGUUUGUUUUGUUUUGUACAUUUUCUUCCCAACCUAUGUUUCCGUGUUAAAGUGUACAUGUUUUACAUUCCAAAAGCCUUGCCUUUUUAAAUAGACCAUGUACACUUUUGAACCCACUGUAUAUCUUUUCCUCACAAAAGUAAAGUGCCAACAGGAGAGUCAGAUUUGCACAAUAGUUUUUACCUGAUGAGCCAUCCUUCAUAUAUUAAAGGAGCACCAGUGCCUUUGAGCUACAAAUUAGUGUCUUUAAUAACUCCACAGGUGAGGAAAUAUAUCACAAACAAAUGUAUUUUAUUUCAACUUUAAAAAAAAGGCAUACAUUUUUCAGAUUUGCAUAAUGAUUGAUGAUUUUUUUGGAAGAUAACGUUUUUCUGUUUGUGCAGUGUGCAGGUUGAUUCCAAAAUGAUCUAGUUAUCUUGAAUGUGACUAAAAUACAAAACUUGACAGCGUGUUACCCUUAUUAUUGAGACAGAUUUGACACAUUAAGGUUUAGUAAUAUUUACCUUGCAGAGAGAGAGAGCGAUAUUUACUGAUCCUGGAUUUUUAUGAAGUAGCUAGUCAGACUGGAGUCGAAGGGCUGUGGAGUCUCUGCUCUCCUUGUCUGACCAAAGUUGUUUACUGUUUGGUGCCUCACAACAAAAGUGCCAUAAUACUUAGAGAUUAACUAUUUUUAUUGUGAAAGCAAAUGCAAGUUUGAUCAGCACUGUGCAUUAUAUUACUAAAGUAUAAGAAGCGAUCUACAAGUUGUUCAAAAUCCUUCCUCACCUGUUCAGGUUAGCUUUCUGGUUUUGGUUUCCACUCUAAAAAAAAAACAUAUUUUAUUACCCUUUUUAAACAGCUCUAUAUCACACCUUAUUUUCAAAUGAGUGGGUUGUCUACAUGAUGCAUCAUUUUAAAACAGACCAGACUUUCUCAGCUUUUAAAAAACGUCAAAUUCUCCAGUGCAUUUUAGCAUUUUAAAUGCAUCAGCUUUGCAACAAAAUCAAAGUAAUGAGUUCUGCAACUCUAGAAGUUUUCAUACAAUUUCCAGAAAUUGUAUGAAAACAUAGUUUGAAACUAGUUCACAGUUAAAGUGAUGACAUCCUUUAGAUUUUUCAACUAGGAAUAGAUCUAGAAUUUUUGCUGCCUUUAAUGUUAUGUCUAUGUGAAUGAGUGUUUGUGAAUGACAGGAUAGGUUUUUGUGUGUGUUAUUGUAUUUCCUUGUAAAUGCUUUCAGCACUGUAAUGUAUUUAUAGCAUUCUUUCUAAACAAUGGUUGUAUAUUUUUGUCACAGUUUUAGUGUAUUUUUUUGAGCACAGCUCUGUUUACUUGAAUAAAUAUAUCUACAAAGCAUAA